GCGGCGUACAGAGGUGGCGCGUUGCCGCGCGCUAGCCGGCAGUGGACCUGAACCGCCUCACGUGCUCGCGCUCGUCUCGGGCCUCCAGCGCACCGCGGGCGGCGCCGCCUCCCUGAGAAGACCGCGGACUCAGCAUCGGCGCGAAUGGAGGCGAGGGAGUCGGAGCCAGCCGCACUGGCGGCGGCUGCACCGACACCAGAUAGCUCUGCGCCCGCGCUACCUGAUUGGCUGACGACGGCGUUCCUGCAGGAGGCGCUGGCGGGGGCGACUGGCGAAGGCGAAAGCGGGGCCCUGCGCGUGAAGGACUUCCACGCAGAGAACGCUGUGGGCAAGGGCGACAACUACGCCAGCCUCAUGUUGCGUGUGCACGUAGACGUGGUGGAGACAACUGCUCAAGGGGAGCGACCCUCGCAGCGCAGCCUCAUCGUGAAGAGCAAGCCGCUCGUCGAGAUGUCGCGCGCGUGGGUGGAGAAGACGUUGCUGUUCCCCAAGGAGCAGCGCAUGUACCGAGAGACGCUGCCGCGCAUGCAGCGCCUGUUGGACGGGCCCCUGCGCGGACGGCCCUUCGCCCGCCUCACCCCGCGCGCCCUCCUCAACCGCACCGACGGCAUCCUGGUAUUUGAGGACUUGCGCGACCAGGGCUUCAAGAUGGUGAGCCGUCAGUGCGGCAUGGACCUCGAACACUGCCUGAUGUUGAUGAAGGCCCUGGGGUUGUUCCACGCCAUGUCGCUAGUGAUCCACGAAGAAGACCCCGUGAGCGUAGUUUACGAAGAGUCCUUUUACACAGAAGCUACGCGCUCAGACUUCGAAUUCUUCAUGCCCAAGUCCCUCAACAGCCUCGCCGAGCACGUGGACGGCUGGCAGGGCUUCGAGCACUACGCCGACAAACUCAGGGAGUUCGGGAAGACCAUCUUUGGAGUCAUGAUGAACAUUUUCGCGGAGACCGAAGAAAGAUUCAAAGUGCUGAAUCACGGAGACUGCUGGGUUAAUAACACGUUGUUCAAGUAUUCGGAAAGUGGAGAACCUGUGGAUAUUCGCUUUGUGGAUUUUCAGGUUCUGAAGCAGCUGGGCUGCGAGCACCGCGCGGUGUCGUGGGAGGAGCUGCAGCAGGAGAUGAAGCGCGUCAUGCCCUUCGGAGUGAUGUCGUCGUGCAACCUGCUGGCCAUCGUGUUGGCAGACCCCAGCGAAGCCAUGGAAUUCGAAGGCAUCACUGAGGAGGAGGUGCGCAGCGGAGAGGUCGACAUCUUCGCCAAGACCUUGGCCGGCAAAACCUUUGCCAAAGCGUUGCGCCUCCUGCUGCCGUACUUCGAGAAGCAGGGGGCAUUGUGAUCGUGAUACUUAGUUUGUUGUCAGUGUUGGAAAUACAAGACUUGUGGAACAAAAGAAACAAUGACGACAAAAGUGAUGUCCAAAAAUAUCUGUUAGUAUAUCAGAAGUUUUUUAUUUAUCUUUGUAAUAAUGAAAGAGAGAGACCAGUUAUAUUUCGUGAGACAUUAUUCUGGCAGGUAUAAACAAGAACGCUGCCGUCUUCUAAUGUUUUAUAGUGCCCGUUGAUGAUGUUGAGUCCUCACUCAAUGGAAGAAAGAGUAAACAAGGAACUGAAAAACUAGUCUUGAACGAUAAAUAUUUCUUCAACAACCAUGAUUGUGGGAGAGCACGCAAAAGUGUUUUCGUGGAAUUAUUUUUGUUCAAUUCAAUUUCAACGAACUAAACGAACUUGUACCUUUUACUGUAUUUCUCUAACUCUGACUAAAUAUUUAAGACGUGAGUUCUUAAAUGAUAACUGUUCUUAAUAGAGCUACUACAGCUUAAAUGAGAAUAUAACAUCCUGGAAUGGUGAUUGACUGAUUACGAAUUGUUCAAGAGAAUAUAAUUACAAUUUAGGACAACAUAAAGAACAAAUGUCUAACGCAAUGCAAUCGUCAAUUACGUUUUGUCAAACCAACACUUGCUGGAGAGUUCUAUUUUUAAAAUCCUAUGCCUGGGAAUACUAUCUUUGACGAAGAUGACUUAAGCUUUCAUUUUCAUCUUCACAAUUUCCUUAAUUAAAAACGAUUGAACUUAAAAUGUAUCUGCAUCUCGUUAGAAAAAGAAAAAUAUUAAAAAAGAGUUGAUAAAAUUACUGAAAUAUUACCAUAUAGAUUUCAACUAUUAGCUUAUACACAAGUUACCUAUUAUAUAUUGGCGAUUCCCAAUUUUUAGAUGGUUCAAUUAUUUUUUAUUCAGAAUGACAGAAAAUAUUUAAGUCAACUCUUAGCAAUUCUUAAGCAAAAAAUGAGAGUUAAAUAUUUACAUUGCUUAAUACUACAUGCCUACUAUUAUUUGAGUUUACAUUGAUUUUAAGAUAAAACAAUUUAAUUGUAAAUAUAAAUAAAUUAAUGGGAUGUUUCGGAGAAAUUUAAUCACGAAUGUAAAAAUUGACGUAUUUUACAACAAAUAUUUUUGCAAAACUCGGAGCUCUGAAAACUGUGACAUGCUUUUAUUGAUAAAACCCAUAUGUCUAAAUGUAUAUUUGUUUUAUUUUUAUAGAAAAUGUAAAAAAUUAUAAUAAAAAUAUAAAAUUGACCAGUACUAUUAAAGUAAUGUCGAUAAUUUUGAUAAUAAUGCAAUCUAUCAUUAAUACCACAAAAUAUGGUAGCGACGAAUGUUAUUUCUUAACUAGUGUCUAUUGUAUAAUUACUUUUUACGAAUGAAAAGGUAGAACUUUUCAUUGCAAUUAUUGCAUAAGGUGGGGGGGAAAUCUAUGUAUCUGAAGUAGUAAUUUCACAGAGAAGUACUUGCCAAGACAAAAACACGAGAAAUGAACUGUCAUUACCUCUGAACAUGUCAAACUACUUCGUAGUUGUUUUUUCACUUCACGCAAUCCAUCUGAACCCAGCACGCCAUGCAGCAGUGAAUGUUAUUAUCGUUCAGGAUACUUCUCACAGAUCUUUGAUGAGUACCCGCCGACAAACUUACGUAAGAGCUAAAGAAUACAAGACAUUGGUAAUGCGCGUUUUAUACAUUAGAUUGGAUUUCAUAAGCUUUAGCGUCGAACUGCGCCCUCCCUAAAUGUCGCCGACCGUUACACAUAAAACUGCUAGCCGACGCGACCAGCACUCUAAAUAAUGAAUGAAACAAAUUCCACUAUCCGGUCCGAAUGACUGUAGUGCUGAAGCGAUCUCGGACCGAAAGAUCGCUAGAUCGAGUCCCGUCUCGGGCAUGGUUGUAUUUGUGUUCGGCCUUGUACCCUAUAUCAUUAGCAUAAUAU